AUGACAAAAACAGAACCCAUGUAUUUGGCAUUAGGAAUGAUCUUCUUGUUGCAGACUAUUGUUGGAGUCCUGGGCAAUCUUUUUCUUCCUUACCAUUAUCUUUUCCUUUACCAUAGUAAAAGCAAGUUGAGAUACAUAGAUUUGAUUCUCAGGCACAUAUUUAUAGCCAACUCCUUACUUAUUCUUUCUAAAGGACCUCCCCAGAUAAUUGUAGCCUUUGGACUGAAACAUUCUUUCAACGAUUUUGUCUGCAAACUUAUCUUGUAUGUUGAAAGAGUGGGCAGGGGUAUGUCGAUCGGCACCAUCUGCCUCUUGAGUAUCUUCCAGACUAUCAUGAUCAGCCCCACAAACUCCUGCUGGAAAAAUCUUAAAAUAAAAGCUCCAAAGUAUCUUGGCUUAUCCAUUUGCCUCUGCUGGUUUCAACAUACAGUGGUAAAUUUCAUCUUUCCCAUUUAUCUGCUGUCUAUGUCUGCAAAACGGUAUAGCAGAAACAUCACAAAGAGAAGAGAAAUGAGACUCUGUCCUCUUGUAGAUCACGGGAAAAUCCUGGGCUCAGUCUAUAUGGCAUUAGUAGCAUUCCCUGAAGUUAUUUUUUCCAUACUUAUGAUCUGUGCAAGUGGCUCCAUGAUUUUUACUCUGUACCAACACAAGCAGCGGGUCCAACACCUUCACAGGAAAAAUGUUUUCUCCAGAUCCCCUGAGUCCAGAGCCACCAAAAGCAUCUUUCUUCUAGUGGGCACUUUUGUAUCAUUUUACAGCAUGUCCUCCAUCUUUAACUUUUCCAUUGCUUUUUUUCCUGAGAUAUAUUGGUGGCUGGUGAGCAUUUCUGAUGUAAUUUCUUUGUGUUUCCCAACUAUGAGCCCCUUUCUGAUAAUGAGCCAGGAUUCCUCUAUAUCCAGGCUCUGCUUUUUUUGGAUAAGGAACACUCUCUCCCCUUAUAAGAAAUAA